UCCUGGUUGACACAACCCAUGUGUGGUGUCUGCGCUUUUAUUAUUUAGUUUUCUUUGCAGCUACACGUCAUCAUACGACAUUAGCAAGAUGUUUAGUUAAUAAUCAUCCUUAUGCAUCUACAGCAGACCUUUAUUCGGAUACAACUAACACAUUUAGAGCAUAUUUUCGUUCAAGCAUCAAGCGGAUAUAAUUUAUUUAAUUAUUUAUUGCCAAUGAAGACCUCCAAUACUUUGAUUGCUCUCUUUAACUAAACUACACAAUGACUGGAGUGCAUAAUUCUCUAACUUGGACUCGAUCUGAUGACAUUGCUGAAGUUUUAUCAGCGGAGUCAUGCCACAUUGUCCUGGAAACAUCUCAUCCAGACAAUGUGGAGAAAAUAUCCCAGUAUAUUGAGUCCUCUGUUGAUGAUAACGUAUGUGAUGAAACUGCUGAAGCGGAAAGUGACUCAGAAGAUAGCCUGUUCCUAACUCAGAAGUCAGUACCUGAGGCUGUGAGGCCAGCAAGACAACUUUACUAUAGCUUGAGGUCAAAACCAAUAUCUCCCAGAGAUCUAGAAGAAAGCGCAGAAGACAAUUCAUCGUCCGCUUCCUACGAUGAAGAAUCCAAAUCUGACAACAAGAGGAGAAGAAAGAAAUACACGCUGCCAAAAUUCAGUUUCCCUUUCCUUACAGAGCAGAAGUGUAAGCUGUUACCUUCCCAGAACAAAUGCCUUCAUACUUAUCUGAUCGGAGGCUUCUUUGAAAGUGUCAGAGUCGGGGGGCCGAGGCAGGGAGAGGAUCCGGAGUCAUCGUUACCAACAGUUGACUUGGAUGGGGAGUCCAUAUCUCCGUUGUCCGAAGAAGACGAAGAAAGGGCAGAAGAGGAAGACAUCAAAGUGGUGGAGAGGAAACGUUUUGUGGUUUCAUCAAAAGCAAAGAGCCAACAAACCUGGUGCAACCCGUUAAAACAACAAAGAACGGGGAAAGCUAGUAUGCCAAACAAGACGCAUCACAAGGAAGACAAGCAAAUAUGUUGCAUAAAAUAGCAGUCAAGGCAUCCACAUUGGAGAUCACAACAAUGUCUUCAGAUACAGAGAUCUCUGUCAAUGGAGAGUCUUCUUGUCGAGUUCUGGAGAGGAAUGAUGAACAAGCAACAAGUGACGGAAACUUUCUGGCCCAAACUGAAACACCAAAGACAAAGAGACGCUCCUCUCGAGGAGACAAGAAAGUUAUUUUUCUGCAAAAAGCAAGCAAGGACGAGCUGCGUAACGACAAUGAUGCUACAGUUGGUGAGCCACGUAGGCUACAAGGAUCCACUCCAAACAACAGAGAAGCAUCCACAACUGUAACAGAGCCUCAAACUGAUAUUUCACACUCAGACGAUCCGGUCCAGACAAACCAGGCAGGGGACGAACUGCAGAAGAGGACGAAGAGGAAAAGGAAAAAGAAGAAAAAAGGAGAAGAGGUAGUCGAGACUCCC